UUGAUGUUGUCAUUUCAUUUUGAGGUUGACCAUAGUUUGAAUUAGGACCAUUUAAAGGGUACACCAUUGUGCAGUAAGAUCACAUUCAUCUUCUUUCAAAACUGAAUGUAUCUUAGAGUGGGUGAAAGAGAACUCCAUAAUCAGCGAAAGAGAGAAAAAAGAUGUGGAGGCUAAAGAUAGGAGAGGGAGCGAAGAAUCCACACCUGUUCAGUACAAACAAUUUCGUGGGAAGGCAAGCAUGGGAGUUUGAUGCAGACGCAGGAACUGCUGAGGAACGAGCCCAAGUUGAAGCUGCUCGUCAAGAUUUCUAUCAAAAUCGCUUCCAAUACAGAGCCUGCGGUGAUCGAAUUUGGCGGUUUCAGAUUCUAAGGGAAAAUAAUUUCAAACAAACGAUAGAUAGAGUGAAGAUAGAAGAUGGUGAAGAGAUUACAUCUCAGAAAACUACCCUAGCAAUGAAGAGAGCUGUGCAUUACUUAGCAGCUUUGCAGACUAGUCAUGGUCAUUGGCCAGCUCAUAUCGGUGGUAGCCUCUUUUUUAUCCCUCUCAUGGUCAUUUCCUUGUACGUUAUUGGACAUCUUGAUUCUGUGUUUUCGGAAGAACAUCGCAAAGAAAUUCUUCGUUAUGUAUACUAUCAUCAGAACGAAGAUGGAGGUUGGGGACUACACAUAGAGGGUGAGAGUGUGAUGUUUUGUACUACACUUAAUUACAUAUGUAUGCGAAUUCUGGGAGAAGGGCCAAAUGGAGGUCUUAACAAUGCUUGUGCUAAAGGAAGAAAGUGGAUUCAUGAACAUGGCACUGUAACUCAUAUACCUCAAUGGGGAAAAUUCUGGCUUUCAGUUCUUGGUAUUGUUGAUUGGAGUGGAUGCCAUCCUUUGCCACCCGAAUUUUGGAUGCUUCCUAAUUUUUUUCCUAUGCAUCCAGGAAAAAUGUGGUGUUAUUGUCGAUUGAUAUAUAUGCCCAUGUCUUACCUAUACGGAAAAAAAUUUAGGGGUCCAAUCACACCAUUAAUUCUGAAUUUGAGAGAAGAGUUAUUUACUGAACCAUACAAUGAAAAUAUUUGGAAGAAAGCACGUCAUAAAUGUGCAAAGGAAGAUCUUUACUCUCCCCGUCAUUGGAUACAAGAUCUGAUAUGGGAUGGCGCUUAUUUUUUUGCUGAACCCAUUCUUACACGUUGGCCCUUUAGUAAGUUUGUAAGAGAAAAAGCACUUAAACUAACGAUGGAGCAUAUUCAUUAUGAAGAUGAAAAUAGUCGAUAUAUGGACCCUGCGUGUUUGGAAAAGAUUUUAUGUAUGCUUGUUUGUGGGGUGGAAGAUCCAAAUGGAGAAGCUAUUAAGAAGCAUCUUGCAAGGGUUCCAGAUUAUCUGUGGCUUUCAGAAGAUGGAAUAACCGUACAGGCUUCUGGUAGUCAAACGUGGGAUGCAGGCUUCAUUGUUCAAGCUCUUUUAGCUACCGACCUAAUGGAUGAGUUUGGUCCCACACUAGCAAAAGCACAUGAUUUUAUUAAGAAAUCUCAGGUUCAAAAUAAUUCGUCUGGAGAUUUUAAGAAAAUGUAUCGCCACAUUUCGAAAGGGUCAUGGACCUUUACUCACCAGGACCAUGGAUGGCAAGUUUCUGAUUGCACUGCAGAAUGUUUGAAGUGUUGUCUGCUUUUAUCAGCGAUGUCAGAGGAGAUUGUGGGAGAAAAAAUGGAGCCACAAAAGUUAUAUGAUGCAGUCGAUUUCAUAUUGUCACUUCAGAGUAAAAAUGGAGGUAUAACCGCAUGGGAGCCUGCACGAUCUGAAAAAUGGUUGGAGUUACUGAAUCCGACGGAAAUGUUUGCUGACAUAAUAAUUGAGCACGAAUAUGUUGAAUGCACUGGAUCAGCAAUUCAGGGUUUGGUAUCGUUCAAAAAGGAAUAUCCAGAUUACAAGAAGAAAGAUGUGGAUAAUUUCAUUGCCAGAGCAGUGAAAUACUUUGAAAAUGAACAAAAGAGUAACGGCGGUUGGUAUGGAGAGUGGGGAAUUAGCUUCACUUACGGUUCUUGGUUUGCACUUCGAGGUUUAGACGCUGCUGGAAAGACUUACAAUGAUUCCGAAGCUAUUCGUAAAGCUGCGAAAUUUCUACUCUCAAUACAGAAUGAAGAUGGUGGUUGGGGAGAAAGUUAUCUUUCAUGUCCUUUAAAGACGUACGUGCCUCUUGAAGGAAAUCGAUCACAUGUUACUCAAACAGCUUGGGCUUUAAUGGCUUUAAUUCUUACCGGUCAGGCUGAAAGAGACCCAAUUCCCCUCCACCGUGCAGCAAAGUUAAUAAUCAAUUCACAGUUACAGAGUGGUGACUGGCCUCAAGAGGAAGCGACGGGAGUAUUCUUGAAGAACGGCGUGUUGCAUUACGCACUAUACAGAAAUGCUUUUCCAUUAUGGGCUUUGGCUGAAUAUCGCACCAAAGUUUUAUUGUCUUCCACUUCUCCUUAGCUUCAAAUGCUGUCAUCUCCUACAGACAAUUAAUAUCACAGAAAUAGAGAAUCCAGCAAAAUAAAAAAGAAGUUGGUUUUUCAGUUCUGUAAUAAUAAGCUUGUUCCUUUCAUGUGUUCGUAAUUCUUAAACAGACAUUUUCUGUCAUAGAUUGAUUGCAUCAGUAAAAAUACUACAUGUGAGAAUUAAAUCGAAUGCAUGUAUGAUAAAAUUACAGUUUAUAUUAGGAUGUAUUUGGACUCAUCGGCGCAAUUGCACCCCACAACCAUUUCUUAUAAUCUAUCUGUUGUAAUACAAGUGAUUCACCGAUUGUUGCAAUUAAAAAUGAUUCCAGUUUUGAGGGGCAAAUAAUUGGGGUCAGCAAAUCUGACCAUAGUACCUGUCCUAAUUUUCAGAAGAAUAUUGUUGAGACUACAGGUAGCAAAAACAAUGAUACUAAGGAAAAUGAGUUAGCAAACAAAUGGUAACCAGAUGGAUGUGGAGCUUUCAUUCGGUGGUUUUGCAAGUUUAAGUUCAGUGAAUUCUACAACAUCAUGUAUUUUGGGUGAGGAAGCACAGAUAUGCGAAAAUGAUGAUCAUGGAAGCUUUUGUCAAGAUAUUUCUACCAUUGACUAGUGAAUAAAAAGACCACUAUACUAGCGUAAUGCAUUGUAAUGUUGCCAACCGCAUAAUGUUAUUGUGGAGUUAGUUCAUCAUCCCUUAGUAUAGAUAACAUGGAGACUAACUUGACUACUGCCACAAUAUCAGAUGAUGGUGUACCUGUCA